AUGGCUGCUGAGACUGUGGGAACUGCCCUCGCAGUAGUAGGCGUCCUCGGUCAGCUCUUUGACGGCUGUGUCAAAGCAUACAAUCUCUUCACUACGGCAGCAAACAUCGACACAGAUAGUCAAAGACUUUUGUGCAAAGUACGCAUAGAAGAGAUGCGGCUUGUCGUCUGGGGUCGAGACUGGGGAGUUGCUGAGGGAAGACUCGAGGCUCAUCUCGAGAGUACGAGGAAUCCCCAGCUGAGAAGCUUGGCUUUGCAAAUCCUUGAGGAGUUACAUAGUGCUGUGACGGAUUUCAAGAAACUCAAGGACAGAUAUGGCCUGGUUGAUGAGAGUGCGGGGAGGGCUAGUUUGGAUGUUGGCAAGACAAAGCCCAGAAAGUCGCCUUCGCCUUCAAGGAAGAGUUCAAAGGAUGAUGAGUGCCGCAAGUUGAACGGUGUCACAAAGACUAUGAGUGAGAUGAGUUGGGGGAAAGAGAUGAGCUUGAGGGCCAGAUGGGUUAUAGCAGAUAAAGAUAAAUUCACAAACCUGCUAAAGGAUCUCCGAGACUUCAACGAUGGCCUCGAGCGUCUCUUCCCACCAUCUCAUCUCCCAUCCUUUCAACGCGCCUGGACCCAUCAACUCCUCGAAUCCGCCCAGCGGGACAUAACUCAGCUCUCUCUCCUCGAGACAGCUUCAACGGGCGUCUAUCCCAAACUCACAGCCUCGGCCAAUCUCAAGAAACUCCGUAUCAACCUCGACGCCAAGCCCCAGGCCUCAUUCAAGCCAACAUUUGCUCUCAAGGUUCGCCGUGCUGCGCUGGAACUAAGUAAGGACGAUGGUAAAGGAGGCCGCAGCACAGGACGGCACGAAACUGCAGGCGAUGUUGUUAUCGAGUGGGUGGACUACGAUCGCGAUGACGUGGACGAGCGUGUAGCCCAUGUUCGUCGUCUGGAUGAUCUCGCUCGUAUGAUGCAUUCAGCUUCGGAGUGUCACCCAGAUCUUCACAGCAUUGACUGCGUAGGCUACGUCGACGACACUUCGUGCUGCAGAUACGGUCUCGUGUACAAAGCACCCUCGCCGUCCUUCUCGACGCUGCACGAGCUCAUCGCCAGUGCAGACCUCAAAACACCUGAUCUUGACGAUCGCGUUGGCCUGGCGCAUACACUAGCUGUUGCCCUGUGGUCUCUGCACUCUCUUGACUGGCUUCACAAGAGUCUUUGCAGCUCAAACAUCCUCUUCUUUCCCUCUGCCAUUUCCACCUCAGCGCACUCGUCAACUGCCACGGCUGCUCUUGUUCCAGAUAUACAGCGUCCGUAUCUGACUGGUUUUGAUGCUUCGCGGCCAGAUCUAGAUACUGCACUUUCGGUCGUCCCGCGGAAUCCAUCUAUCAUGACACUCCAUCGACAUCCAGCUUCGCUGCGUGGCCAUUCCCACUGCAAACCCAUGGACAUCUAUAGUCUAGGACUGGUUCUUCUCGAAAUUGGAUUGUGGAAAGUGCUUCAGACGUAUCACAAGCCGCAUUAUUCUGCUGAGCGGUGGCGCGACAAAGUAUUGCGGACUGCCCUCGUUCCUGGCCUGAGCAGUAAGACUGGUCGUCGAUACCGUGAUGUUGUGGACAAGUGUCUGGCUGCGAGUGAGGACAUGACGAGUGCGGAGGCUGCAAAAGUGAUGGAGGAUGUUGUGACUGCUCUUGAAACUAUCCGGGUAUAA